AUGUCUGAUAUCGUAUCUAACUUGAGUCCUACUCAAGAACACUUUCUUAAAAAGUAUCUACUAGAACAAUGUCUAGCAGAUGAACUACAUGAAUUAUCGGAGCCUGAUUGUUGUCAGAAGAUAGGAUUUCCCUUCAGUAACAACAGCGACACCGACUACCUGGCUCAAUUGCCAAUGGUUCGGUUUAUAUUUCAACGAUUCAUCAUCACCUUCCCCUUCCUCAGCCACAACUCAGAAGCUAACCAAAUUAGAUUCUGGCAAUCAACAGUCCAACCAUUUGUUGAAAGUUUCAAUCUGAAACCAAUUAGCACGUCGGAAGAAAGGAGAACCAAUGUUACAAAGAGAAGACAAGUUAAUCAUAAGUUUAUGUCUUCAUUCCUAUUCUUUUACAACUCUACGAUAAUAUCUCCGAAAGAUCUAGAUUACUUUAACUCCGACCAUCUAAAGGCUUCAGACUCGGGCAAGAUCGACAAGUUAGCUACUGCUACCAAUGUUGUUGAUUCUCAAUUGUCUACUACGCAUUACUUACAAUCCCUUGAUGAUUUCAAGAAGAUGAAUUUCCAUAAUGGUCUAGCACUUAAUGUUGUAGCUGUUCGGACCAAUGAAGUGUCUCGGAACAAGCUGUUGUUUCUGUCAUUUUUACCCUCUAGUGAUCCUCUGGUCAGGAAACAUGAGUAUGUGAUUAAUGUGGUUCGUAGAAUCGAUAAAGAAGAAGGAAUAUACUCCAAGCACUUUGUUAGUAGAGGGUACAAGGACUUUCAAAGUCUUCAUUCUAAGUUGGUGCGGAAGUAUCCCGGUAUCGGGCUUCCUCUGUUACCUCUGAAGCCCAAGAAUGAUCUGAAUUCGAUUCUUGUGAAGGAGAAGCUCCGCCUUGCCCUAAGAGGAUAUUUGUUAACGGUUUUCAAGUUUUCCGAGGUCGCUCAUCUGAGUUAUUUCAUUGAUUUUAUAUCUCUAGAGAAAUUUGAUUCCUUGCUGGAACUGGACCAAAAGGAUUAUAACAAAAGAGUCAUUCAAGAAGCCAAGAUGAUAGAAACUCAAAGGCAAUUUCAACAAAUAACUUCAAUAGCCAUUAAGGAAAUGUCCAAUUCACUUGAACUGUUGAAAGCUGAACUAAUAAAAAACCCCCAUUCGUUAACUAAAAUUAUCCAAGAAAUUGGUACAAUAUCUAACAUUAAAGAAAUGUCACCUUUAUUACAAACAUUCAAUGAAUGGUCCAAAUUAGAAGUUGCAGCCUUGUUUUAUCAAUCAUUUAUUGCACUGGAUAAUUCAAGUGAUUGGUUUCUGAAAAUUAAAAGAUUCCAUCGUCUUUUCCCUUACACCUUGGUUUAUGGUAUACUAAGAGUUACCAAUCCUGCCAAAAUUAUUUCUAAAAUAAUUGAUUUGCUACUUGUUAAUAUGCCUAGCCUUCCAAGUUGGGGAUCAUUAACCAGUGGGUCCAAAUCCAAUGAAUCUCGAAAUCUUCUUUCGUAUAUAUUUGUUUCGAUUAUGGAUGAAGAUUUAAGUGGCAAUCAUAAAGAACUUGAAGAAAUAAAGGCAAGAAUCCCCCCUGAUCUCAAUACAUUUAUUCAACGAAUUGAAGCUUAUUCUUCACUAAGUUAUGAAGAAGUCAAUCACAUCAAAGAUUAUGCUCUUGAAAAUGAUCAUGAUUUAUGUUUAGAAGUGCUACUGACAAAUCUAUUGACACCUAAACUCUCAAUGACCGAUAUUGAAUUGUUUAAGAUCAUUCAAAGUCUGUACGAAUGCUAUAAGAAUGGAGAUAUGAAAAAGGGUGAAAUAUAUUCACUUUUAUGUCAGUAUUGGCAGUUAAGAGUUAAACAGCGUGAUAGUGAACUUUUCAAACAACUAUGGAAAGAACCUGAAUUAACUCAUUUGAUUAAAAAUUUUUUAACGACAUUUUAUCAUCCUUUAAUGGAUUUAUUUUGCAAAUGCAAUAUUCAUCUUGUGUUUCGAGAUUUUCAACUGUUUAUGAAUGACUUCAUUGAAUUAUUCACGGAGCUCUCAGAUUCAGGACAAUACUAUAAAACUCCAAUGGAAAUGUAUAAUGACAUUAAAGGGUUAUUAGAUACUCAUGAAAGUAUGUUUUGGAAUUUUGCCAAUAACAUCUAUUCUAAAGAUGAUAAACAUUUGUUUUCCAACAUAACGCAGUGGUUGGAAUUGAUACUUGUAAAUUUACGACUUAAACAACUGAGACCUGAAUUGGUAACGAUUCAUUUCAAAGUCGACGACGCUAAGAUAAUCGAUAAGGAGUUAUUUUUAAAGCAACUUAAUGGUCGAGUCUCCAGAAGCUUGGAGAAGAGGAGAUUGGUUGAGCAAUUCUUAGGGAACUGUAUGGCCCUGAAUGAAAAACCAAAGGAAAAUAAAACUUUUCAAGAGCUAAUAGAUAACCAAUGGGAUGAACUUCAUGAUCAAAUGAUCUCUGGAUUUGGAGGAGCGGAAGACUUUGGGUUAUUAAGUGAUGAUAUAAAUGAAUUGAAUUUGAAACAAGAUGGAACCGGCGAGUCAGAGAAGGAAUUAAGAUCCCGUCUUAAACAAUUAGAUGAAGAAGCUUCAAAGUUCGGGACGAGCGAGCUUGAUAAAUUUAUUGAAGGCUUCAAAUUACAGUUGAUAGAAUUACUACCAAGACUUCAUACUGAACUUGAAACAGUUCGAAAGAAGUUGGGUGAAACAUAUAUUGAUAGUUAA